UAAUCUAAACUAACCAAUUACUCUUCUUGUUGUUGUCACCCUUACAAUUUGAUCCCAAAACUAGCUAGAAGUUUCUUCUGGCAAGGACUUUCCUUAAUUUUAACACUUACUGUUUCUAUGCUGUACGUGUUUUCUUAUCCGAUCCCCAUAUUAAUUCCAUACUAAGAGGUAGCAUUUGAAAGCUAUGAAGUCCGUUAAAUGCCAUAAUCCUCUUCAAUCAAAGCACAGCUCUCAAAUGGAUUGUGAGCCUCCAUUCCUUGAAACCUAUAAGACCCUUGUGCAAAAACACGUUGAGGAUUCAAAGAAUAUUGACUCCUCCUCUUUGUUGGAGAGAUCAGGCGAACUACCUUUGAUCGAUCUUGGCCGAUUAAAUGGCGAAAGAGACGAAUGUGUGAAAGAAAUUGCAGAAGCUGCUAGUAAAUGGGGUUUCUUCCAAGUUGUUAAUCAUGGUAUUUCACAGGAGCUGCUGGAGAGACUUCAAUUUGAGCAAAAGAAAUUGUUCUAUCAACCUUUUAUUAAUAAGUCUGCACAAGUUAAUCUCUCUAGUUUAUCUGCCAAAUCUUAUAGAUGGGGGAAUCCAUUUGCUACCAAUCUGAGACAAUUGUCAUGGUCAGAAGCCUUUCACUUUUCUCCGACAGACAUCUCAAGGAUGGACCAACACCAAUGUCUGAGAUUAAGCCUUGAAGCUUUUACAACAAGAAUGUUCCCUCUUGCCGAAAGCUUGGCGGAAAUUCUAACCUGCAAAUUGAUGAAUACGAAAUCAAACUAUUUCCAAGAGAAUUGCUUGCCAAAAAGUUCUUUCAUUCGACUGAAUAGAUAUCCCUCAUGCCCUAUAUCGUCAAAGGUGCAUGGCCUGUUGCCUCACAGUGAUACUAGUUUUCUUACCAUCGUACAUCAGGGCCAUGUUAGGGGAUUGCAAUUGAUGAAAGAUGGAAAAUGGGUUGAUGUCAAGCCUAAUCCACAAGCUCUAGUCGUUAAUAUUGGCGACUUCUUUCAGGCAUUCAGCAAUGGUGUUUAUAAAAGCAUACAACAUCGAGUGGUUGCUGCCGAGAAAGCAGAGAGGUUUUCUAUAGCCUUUUUCUAUUGCCCCUCAGAAGAGGCAAUUAUAGAAAGCCAAAUCAAUCCAGCUACGUACAGGAAAUUCACUUUGAGGGAGUAUAGACAACAGACUGAGAAAGAUGUAAAACAAACCGGGGAUAAAGUGGGGCUCUCUAGAUUUCUUCAUUCGUAGUAUAGACAUGUUUGAUAAUCAGUUUAAUUAAUAUCUUAUUCAAUAAGUCUUGUAACACAUACAAGAGUUUAUGCCAUAAGUGUCUAAAACUUAAUAAGUUAUUUAUGUUUUUAGAUAUAUAUGCAGCUAAUGAGCUCUUAUACAAUUUUAAAGUGUUUGGAUAUAUUAUUAAAUAAGUACUU